AUGAAUACUGGUUUAAUUAGGGAAAUUAUCUUAUAUCUUGAGGUCUCAUUCCAUGAAAUCUUAGUUCAACAACUAGACUAUGAUCCAUAUAAAAUUAGUGAUGAUGAAAGAACUGAUGGCUGUGGAGUGAAUAAUACAGCUAAUGAUGACCAUAGAGGGGAAGGAAAUAGCAAUGGAGCUGAUGGGGAAAAAAACAAUGAAUGUGAUUCAGGGAGUGAAUCUUUCUUCUCUGCAGUGGAUUCGGAUUAUAGUAUGAUUGAUAUGACUGGUGAUGAUGAUAAUGAGUUCCAUGAAAAUGUAGAUGACAUUGCAGAAUGGUUAGGUGUAGAUCACCAUAAGAUUGGUGUGCAAAAUAAGACAACCGAAAUUGAAAAAGAUGAUAGUUUGGUGAUGCCCGAAGAUAUAGAUGUUGCCCCUGAUUCUGAAUCUGAUUUUGAGAUUGUCCAUGAAUCAGAUGAAGAAAUAAAUACGAGUGAAAAUAUUGUGUUCAACCCAAAAGACAUGGAUAAUCCACAGUUGAAAUUACAAAUGUUAUUUAGUAGUAUAAAAGAAUGCAAGUUGGCUGUGACUAAUUAUAGUAUUAGACAAGAUGAGGGUAGUGUGCAAAUCAAGACAAUUGAGGACACUCAUACAUGUGGUUUUACCUAUGACAAUUCAUUAGUAAAUUCUAGAUGGGUUAGUAGAAAAUAUGCUGAGGAGUUUAGGACUAAUCCAAAGGUGAAUAUGGAGCACUUUAGGAAGACAGUAAUGAGGGAAAAUAAAUGUUCUUUCUCCAAAAAACAAACAUAUAGAGCUAGAAAUAGGGCUUUUAAGAUUAUUCAUGGCAGUGAAAGUGAUCAAUAUGGCAAGUUGGGAGCAUACAUGAAUGAAAUUCAGAAAUCCAACCCUGGUAGCUCCAUCAUUUUGAAGACUGUGGAUGAAUCUACAAGUGUAGCAACACAACAACAGAGGUUCCAAAAGCUGUACGUGUGUUUCAAUGGAGUGAAACAAGGAUUUUUAGAUGGUUGUAGGCCUUUGAUUGGAGUUGAUGGUACAUUUUUGAAAGGGUCAGUUGGGGGAGUUCUAUUGAUAGCUGUUGGAUUCGAUGCUAACAACAGCAUCUAUCCAGUUGCAUAUGCCAUAGUAGAGGGAGAAAACAAAGAAUCUUGGGCAUGGUUCUUAAAUUGCUAA